UUGAAGUGAGGUCGUGCACAUGAGAGCAGUGCUUGUUUGCAAGGCAGUGGUGAGGUAAAGCUGGGAAUAAUGGAAGGAGAGGAGAGGCACCGGGCAGCCAAAGUGAGGUCCAGCCAACUGACCGCCCUUCAGGAGCAGCUGAUCUGGGCCCUUCUGGAAUCUGGACUGUCCCGGGACGUCCUGGUCCAAGCCAUGGGGGAACUGGAGCGAAACCGGGCAGGGGGUGGCACUGAGAGGGGGGAGCGGGGCGAUGGAGAGAGCUCCGAGGAGGGAGAAAUGGACUUCCAUCCACCCAUAUUCCGAGAGCUGGAGAAGCUUUCCCCAGAGGACGCGUCCAAACUGAGGGUUGAAGUCGACCGGUUGCUGCAGGAGGACCCGUGGCAUGUUGCAAAAAUGGUGAAAAGCUACAUGCAGCAGCAUAACCUACCUCAGAGGGAGGUGGUGGAGUCCACAGGGCUCAACCAGUCCCACCUCUCUCAGCACCUCAAUAAAGGCACGCCCAUGAAAAACCAAAAGAGAGCUGCUCUGUACACCUGGUACGUCAAGAAGCAGUGCGAGAUAAGCCAGCAAUUCACAAAUGCAAAACAUGGCCUGGCAGCUGCAGAGGAUCAAGGAGAGGACACUAAGAAAGGACGGAGGAACAGAUUCAAAUGGGGCCCGGCCUCCCUGCAGAUCCUCUUCCACGCCUACGAACGACAGAAGAACCCCAGUAAGGAGGAAAGAGAGGGGCUGGUGGAGGAGUGCAACAGGGCGGAGUGUCUCCAGAGGGGGGUGUCUCCCUCCCAGCUCGCAGGCCUGGGGUCCAACCUGGUUACUGAGGUCCGGGUAUACAACUGGUUCGCCAACCGCCGUAAAGAGGAAGCUUUCCGUCACAAGCUGGCCCUUGACACACCCUUCACCAAUCCAUCUGCCUCUUCCUCCAACCCCACCCUUGCAGCCAGUCCUGAGCACGGAGUGAAAUACAGCCAACAGAUUGGGUGUGACGGCGUGAGCGCAGCCAGAGGCAGUGGAGGGGAGAGAGGGGGGCGUCUUGCGGUCAGUCCCGUCCAACUGGAGCCCAGCCACACACUGCUGGAGAGCCACAGCACCAAGCAGGUGUCCAGCGGUGGUCCACUCCCCCCUGUAAGCACUCUGACCUCCCUGCACAGCCUGUCUGCCUCGCCUGCUUCCUCACAGAGCCUCAUUAUGGCAUCAGUGCCCAGUGUGAUGAGUCUGGGGGAGUCCUCUCUGCUCAUUGGUUUGGCCUCCACACAGCCUCAGACCGUCCCCGUCAUCAACAACAUGGGUGGAGGCUUCACAACCCUCCAGCCCAUCUCGUUCCAACAGCAGCUGCACGGCGCCCCGCAGCAGCCCAUACCGCAGCAGAUUCAGAGCCACAUGGCCGCCAGCCCCUUCAUGGCCACCAUGGCACAGCUGCCCUGUCACAUGUACAACAAGUCAGAUUCUCCUCAGUACCACUCGUCCAGCCUGCUGUCUCAGGCCAUGGUCAUUGCCGACGGCAGCAGCCUGGGGACUCUGACCAGCCUGGCUGCUGUCAGACAGAUUCUGAGUGCAGAUCCUGAGGACCAGACAGACCCACCUUUACAGGAAGAGUCUUUACACCUGCAGCCCCAAACACCAGUGCCAGCUUCUUCUGAAAGCCUGGAGAUGUAUCCCACCUCUCAGUCAACAGAAAGUCACCAGUCUCACCUCCUCUCACCUUCACCAACAGACAUGGGCUCCUAUGUGCCAACACAGUUGGUCUCUACGGCCCAGUAAAAGCACUCGGGCGA